AUUUGCGGGGUCGCCGGUUGGCGCGAUGGCCGCGCGUCUGGACGGCAAAUGCACUCUAGUGACUGGAGCCGGAAAAGGCAUCGGAAGAGAAACUGCCAAGGCUUUGAUAAGAUGUGGUUCAGAAGUUAUUGCAGUGAGCAGAACCCAAUCGGAUUUGGACAGCCUUUCUUGUGAGUGCCCCAACUUGAGGACAAUCUGUGUGGACCUCAGUAACUGGGAAGCCACGGAAAAUGCGUUGAAAGAUGUGGGCCCAAUAGAUCUUCUUGUGAACAAUGCCGCCGUUGCUAUUUUGCAGCCGUUCCUUGAAGUCACGGAGGAAGUCUUUGACAAAUUAUUUGCUAUUAAUGUGAAGACGGCGAUGCAUGUUUCACAGAUCGUUGCAAGAGGGUUGAGAGCUCGGGGAGUUGGCGGUUCUAUCGUGAAUAUCUCCAGCCAGGCGUCCCAGUGUGCUCUGAGAGACCACACGGUGUAUUGUGCCACAAAGGGAGCCUUAGACAUGCUGACCAAAAUGAUGGCUUUGGAGCUGGGACCAUACAAUAUCCGAACAAAUGCCGUCAACCCCACGGUGGUGAUGACCAACAUGGGUCGCAUUGGUUGGAGUGACCCGGUCAAAGCCGGACAAAUGUUGUCCCGAAUCCCACUCGGCAGGUUUGCAGAAGUGGAAGAGGUGGUGAACGCAAUUCUCUUCCUCCUCAGUGACAAGAGUAGUAUGAUAAACGGAGCUACUCUUCCUGUGGAUGGAGGGUUUCUUGCUUCAUAAUCUACAGAUUAAAGCAAAAGCCCAUAACUGGAAUCCUACUCGCACUACAGACUGCUGGAAAUUUGUCCACUAUUGAAUUGAAACAUUCCAAAUAUCGGACAUUCUCUGCUCCGUAGCAGGAUAAAACUUCAAUCUGACUUUCAACUCAAGCAAACGAUUGUGCCACAGGGCAGAACUGGUCAUCAAUUGUUACAUGAUCAAAACAGGCCACGAUUCAAAGCAGCAUUAUUCAAACCAUAAAGCCUUAUCCCUAUGUCGAAGUUGACUUCUAUACUUAAGCUGCUUUGCUGAAAAUGUAUUAAAUGACUCAAGCAUU